AUGUUCGUCGGGGCCGUCUGCGCGAUUGCGGACAAGAUCGCAAUCAAGAUCUGUGGCAACGGCGGCUGUGGUACGUUCCCGCAACACAAGCUUCUCGCCGUUCCGUCCGAGAUCAUCCCACGGCAUGUCUCCCACGGGGAGUUAACGCCGGCUUGCAUCGUGGACGGCGUAGCAUGUGUACUCAAUCUCACUGCCAGUCAGGAAGAGUACCGUGUACAAUGGUCGGAAUCCAAGAUCAACGCAGAUGCAAAUUUCUGCGUCCACGAUAUCGCAAAUCCGUUCAGUCGGCAGACGAUUGAUCUUGCCGUAGACAUGAUCAACCAAAAGGCCACGCAACGCUUGAAGGACUCUCACCUGUUGUUGCCCGUUGUCCCCGUUGCGAAAGUCAAGAGUGAGUUGACAGACGCUCGGUCGAUCAGCUCGAGCUGGGGCCCAAAGUGUGCUCGCAAGCAUGGCUGUGGGUUCAUGGACAUGAGCGCACGAGAGAUAGUCCUUUUCAAGAAGACUUUUUGCCAGUCAAUUCACUUUGCAAUGGGAUUGUGGCCUUCCUGCGUUGGCCCACGCUGGGACCAUCUCGUGAUCCUCGACAGUGCUCGUCGGUCGCGUCGUCGGAGCAUACCGUGGCAUGCGUCCGAGGGGCAUCAUAAUUCCUUCGACUCGCAGCACAAUAUGCUGAUAUCUCUCGGGGACACUCUAGUGUUUCUGCAGAAGACAGUCGAUCCCAGCGUGAAUUCUACAUGUGAAUCUUUGAGUCGAUGA